AUGGAUUUACUUCAGCGCUGUCUCAUUGUGUUCGGUGGAUUCUUAUCUUAUUUCUUGGCCGAUGGGUACACCUAUUCCGUAGGAGUUUUCUAUUCACAUCUGAUGAGCAAAUUUGAUGCGAGCAGUUCAUCGUCGGCCGUUUUGCCAGGCCUGCUCUAUGCGGUUCCCCAACUGACCGGUUUUUUUCUGUGCCCGUUGUUAGAGAAAUUCGGUUAUUCAUCCGGGGCCGCAUGGGGCGCUCUGUUGCUCAGUCUUAGCUGUAUUGCGUCCGCGUUUGCACCGAGCAUACAGUUACUUUAUCUAACGUUGGGUGUAUUUGCCAGUAUCGGAUUACAGCUAACCUAUUCGGCAGCUAUCAUGGCAGUGACUGCUACUUUUGGUGAUACAAGAAUCGUUCACGCGCUGCGAAUUGGUACAACUGUGCCUAGCGGUCUUCAUGCGGCAUAG